AUGACCUCUGUACAAGCCAUCAAUGCGCCUCCUACUCUGUCGGCUGCACAAGCCGUAGGCGAAUACCUGCAGUCUCCCGAUGAUCUGCUCAAGCUCGUCGCGUUCCGAAAGAAACUUGAGAAGGAGAAAGCCUCCAUAGAUGCACGACUCAAAAGUGGAGUCAAGGAACAGCUUGAUGCCACGAAAGAUGGUCUACGGAAACUGUUCGGGACGCGAAACAAUGUGCAGGCAGUGAGGGACGAGAUGGAGACCGUGGAUAGGCUCUGCAGUGACCCAAAAAAUGUAGUCCCAACGUUCGACCAGAUCAGUAGGGUAUCCAUGGUCCAUCGGAACUUCGGGCAAGUAGAAGAAAUGGUCAAUAACCUUUUGGAGAUGAGUUCCAAGCUAGAUAUGCUGGAAGCAAUGCUAGCGAGCAAUAGAGAAGAGGUCGUUGGCCCUGCGCCGAAUCUCCUGGCAAUCCAUUACAAUAUCAACCAGCUGGAAGCGUUUCGCAAUCAAACCAUGCACCAGGCUAAGAAAGCGUCCGCUGAUUCCAGAAACACUCUCACUCGGUGGUUUGAGCGGCUCAAUAAGCUCAUCAAAUCUUUCGACGAGUAUAUUGUCGAUCUCGCCCGGAACAUUUUACCUCUGAUUCGUGCUGGCCAUUCAGAGGUCAUCGUGAAAUUGGUGAAAAUAGCAGAGAUCGAAGGCAAGGAAGAUGAGAAGGCCAUAGCCAUCCGGCUCGUCAAGCGAGCUGCUAAGAUGGAUGCAGCCGCGAAGUUCCGAUCCAUGCAGGCCGAUGCAAGAGUCUUCAAACACUAUCGGUCCAAUAUUACGAAAACAAUCAUUGAGUCUAUCAAGCGUAAGUUCGAGGAUGCCCUCAAAGAGUACGAGCAGGACCCCGCCGGUUUCUUGGACAGUCUUGGAUGGAUGUACCAAGACCUCAUCCGCAUUGAGGAAGACGUCGUCCCAUGCUUCCCUCCUGAAUGGGAGAUCUACUCUCUCUUUGUUCGAGAGUAUCACAAGACGCUUAAUGCCACGCUUCAGAAACUGCUUAUGUCUGAGCCGGAGGCCUCGGUGCUCCUCACUCUUCACGCUUGGCUCAAAGAGUACAAGAAGAAUAUGAAGGAACUGAAUGUUCCUCCCGAGCUGAUGGAGCCGCCAUUGCUGGAUGGCAAGGAGCAGGGUCUGAUCGAGGACUACGUUAACCUCAUCAUCAAGAAGCUCGACGAAUGGACGAAUAACCUCAUGAAGACGGAAAUCCAGGCAUUCACUACUCGGUCAGAGCCGCUCGAAGAAGAUAGCGAAGGGCAGUACGCUAUGCAAGGAGCCAUCAUCUUAUUCCAAAUGGUCAACCAACAGGUGGACGUGGCCAUGGAAAGCGGUCAGGGCGCUAUCCUGGCACGAGUUGUAUCUGAGGUGAACCGCGUGAUGCGGAUGAUCCAAGAACAGUGGACGAAGACCCUUGAAGGCGAGUUCAAGAAGCACGUCGAGAAACCCGAGGAGGCGGUUCCUGGCUUGGUAGAGCACACCAUCGCGCUUGCCAACGAUCAAAUCAAGUCUGCCGACUUCACAGAAGCGUUGUCCGCGAGACUGGAGCCAUUAGUUUCCGAGAAAUAUCGAGUUACGAUCAGCGAGCGCCUCAAUGACGCUAUCGACGGAUUCCUAGAUGUAGCGAAGAAAUGCAUACAGACACUCAUCGACAUUAUCUUCAACGACUUGAAGCCGGUGACGAAGCAGCUUUUCCAGCAGACGUGGUACGAUGGCACCGUCAUUGAACAAAUUGUCGCGACCAUGCGGGACUACAUGGGUGAUUGCCAAGCCUUCCUCAAUCCCACCCUCCUUGAGUUGUUGGUGGAGGACCUGCUCGAUCAAUUCCUCGUAACCUACAUCACCGCCCUCGUGAACUCUCCUAGUAAGCUGAAGAUGCCUGCCGCUACGGACCGCAUCAAGGACGACGUGAGCGCCGUCUUCAAGUUCUUCAGCGCGUUCAAGCAGCCGAAAGAGCUCGAGGAGUCGUUUGAGGUCAUCGAGAUGAUCCUCGGCAUGCUCGAGGCAUCCAAGAGUAUGGUGUUCCUAUCCUUCUGGUCCUUUGCGAAGGUGCACGGCCCGAACAUACAAUUCGUGGAGAGUCUCAUGAAGAUCCGAGGGGACUUUGACCGCUCGGCCGCUAACGAGGUUAUGGAAAGCGUGAAGCGGAAGGUUAAAGAUGAGGAUAUAUCAGACCCUCCGGAGCCCACUAUUAUGAAGAAGAUCUCUAUACAGAGCACGUUCUCCCGCCUUUUACAGCGAGCGACUUAGCCGCGCACUCAUUUCCUCUCGUGCUCUAGAUGGACUCAACUGUAUUUCAUUGAUGCUGCUGUCUAUGGAUCCACUGUACUAGCUACCAUUAACUUAUUUGCAUACAGGUAUAUGUCUAUUACAAAUAAUCAUCACAUUUGCC